GUAGGCGUUUGCGUGACGUAACACGUAAAUAAGUUGAUCAAGCUGUUAUUAGCUAGGUUGUUUUCUUCCUUUAGCCUUAAUCUCUCGCAUGAUAUUAAUGACUGGGUGACAUUUACACACAGCUCUUGGGAGAUAAACCGGAACUGACACUUUAACCAACAAAUGAGGAUAUGCCAUCCGACUUUGUAACAUAUACAGAAAGUACACCUUGUGAGGACGAGAAACCGAGAGUCAAACAGCUAACAGCGGUCAGCGCCGCAAAUCUCCACACCGUGUACCGCUCAUGCUGACUUUCUCUUCCAUUUCUUCUUCGUUUUUAGUCGGCCUUUAGAUUCGCCAAGUCCGGUCAGUGGUUUCUCCAGAAGAGAAUGAACUGGUUUUUCCCAACCUCCAAAGGCUCUGGAUCUCUCCCUCCUCUGAACAGCUUACAGCAACAGAGACAGCGGCAGAUCGAGUCCCUAAAAGCUGCCCACCCGAGCCUUGCAGAAAUCCAGAAGGAUGUGGAAUACAGAAUACCAUUCACAGUCAACAAUUCAACCAUUAGUGUUAACAUUUUGCUGCCUCCUCAGUUCCCGCAGGAGAAACCAGUGGUUAGUGUCUUUCCCCCUGUUGGUCAUCAUUUAGUGGACAGCAAUAAUGGCACUAUGAUCAAGAGCCCCCUCAUCACUAAUUUUGGGAUGCACUCAGACCUGGGAAAGGUCAUCCAAAGUCUGCUUGACGAGUUCUGGAAAAGUCCUCCCGCCUUGAUGUCUAGCGGUCCUUCUGGCUUUCCUUAUAUGUACAAAUCUUCAGGUAUAGCACCUUACCCCAAUCCGGCUUUUCACUUUGGUUCUCGCCACAUGGGACCCAGUCAGACACCACCUUCUGGUCCAGCCCCUGCGCCAAUGCCUCACCCAGGGGUCGAUAGUGCCCUUGGGCCCCCUCGAGCUCCAGCGCCAUAUGGAAUAAUUUCUGACCUGCCACUGCCUGUACCUAUUGGAGAUUCAGAGACUAGACUAAAUGGACACGUGUACAAGAUGCCUGAGAUUCCUGAGUCUUUUCCUGAACUCUGUGACAUGAACCUGACACAGUUGUCAGAUAUGUCUGAAAAUGAAGAUGUGUUGCUCAAGUUUUUUGUGAGUUUGCCACAAUUGAAACAGGUCACAUCUGAUAAAGAAGAGUUGGUCAACAGUAUACUGGACAUGGCCAAGAAAAAUCUUCAAAUGGAGCCACAUCUGGAAGGAAAAAGACAAGAGAUGCUCUACAAGUAUGAACAGCUGACUCAGAUGAAGUCAGCUUUUGAAACAAAGAUGCAGAGACAGCACGAACUCAAUGAGAGUUGCAGUCUAAGCACUCUACAGGCUCGGUUAAAAGUCGCAGCUCACCAGGCAGAGGAGGAGUCAGAGGAGACGGCUGAAAACUUCCUGGAAGGACGCAUUGACAUUGACGAAUUCCUGAACAGCUUCAUGGAAAAAAGAACACUUUGCCACAGCAGAAGAGCCAAAGAAGAGAAGCUGCAACAGUCCAUCAACACACAUGGCCCGUUUCCUACCAGUCACUAGAUCACAAGAUUCAGUGUUUCUCAGCCAACUGCUGCCAAGUAAAAGGAAAAAGGUAUUACAGGGGCCGAAAAGCACACUGGGCACUCAUCAGUUUGGAGAAACAUGAAGAUUUUGAUUGCAAUGCUGGGCUAAAA